AUGGAGGAUCAAAAUGCUAUUGAUAAGGUUAACAAUGGUUCACUACUUAGAAAAAUGAAACCCUACCUUGCUAUAUUGUCUCUUCAAUUUGGUUACUCUGGGAUGUAUAUCAUUACUAUGGUUUCUUUUAAACACGGUAUGAGUCAUUGGAUUCUCUCGGUUUAUCGUCACGUUGUGGCCGCUAUUAUAAUCAUCCCUUUCGCGCUUGUGCUCGAGAGGAAAAUAAGGCCAAAGAUGACUCUUCCUAUAUUCUUGAGGAUAGUGGCACUUGGUUUCCUUGAGCCUGUACUAGAUCAAAACUUGUUCAACAUAGGAAUGAAGAUGACUUCAACAACGUUUUCAUCUGCAACUGUUAAUGUCCUCCCAGCUCUAACUUUUAUAAUGGCACUCACUUUCAGGUUAGAGUCAGUAAACUGGAAAAAAUUUCAUAGCGUAGCCAAAGUAAUUGGAACGGUUAUAACCGUUUCAGGAGCUAUGGUUAUGACUUUGUAUAAAGGACCUGCCUUUCAGAUCAUAAAAGGAGGAGCAAUCAGCCACCACAACGCCGCGGCUGCCGGUGAACCGAUUCAACAAAAUUGGGUGAUGGGUCCAAUAAUGCUCAUAGCAAGUUGUGCUAGUUGGGCUGGAUUCUUCAUUUUGCAAUCAUUUACAUUGAAGAAAUACCCAGCAGAGCUAUCACUCACAGCAUGGAUUUGUGUAAUGGGAAUCAUUGAAGGUUCAAUUGCAUCACUUAUAUUUGAAAGGGACAUGAGUGUGUGGGUCAUAGGUUGGGACUCAAGGCUUGUUGCUUGUGUAUAUUCUGGUGUGAUAUGCUCUGGAAUGGCAUAUUACGUACAAGGAGUUGUAACCAGAGAACGUGGACCAGUUUUUGUGACUUCUUUCAGUCCAUUAUGCAUGAUUAUCACUGCUGCAUUGGGUUCACUUGUCUUAGCAGAACUAGUUCAUCUUGGAAGUAUAUUUGGAGCUAUACUCAUAGUUGCUGGACUUUACACUGUGGUGUGGGGGAAAAGCAAAGAUCGUCAUGAGAGCACAAAAGAAAUCCAAGAAUUACCAAUAAAGGAGGGUACAAAAUCAGAGACAGACAUUUUUGAAGGAAUUGAGAUUAAUGUUGCAGAUGAAAAGUUGAAAAAAGGAGCAGCAAAAAAUGUUCUAACAUAA